AUGAAGUUUGGAAAAGAAUACGAAACGCAGAUGAUCCAAGAAUGGCGUGAAGCCUACAUGGAUUACCGUUCUCUCAAAGCCAUCGUCAAACAGAUCCUCCGUCACCACCAAAAAAAACAACAACGUCCUCCUCCUCUUCCUCCUUCUCAACAAAACGGAGAGACCACCGCACCGCUCCAAUCCAACGGCGGCGUAAACCAAGCCGGAGAGGAAACGGGUCCAACAGGGCUAUCAAGAACCAUAUCUCUCUACCGCGCAUUUAGCGGUCUGACCAACCGAGCAAGAGGCUCCCCGAAGAAAUCACACAAACCCAACAACCCUCUAAGCAGCAAACGACACCACCAUUACCAUCUCUUCGACGACGACGAGGAUCAAGUCAUUCUCAUCAACGAGGACAAGACGGGAACCUACACGACGACGUUUCUAUGCUCAGCUGAGGAAGGAGGAGAGAUGGACGUUCAGUUUUUCCGGCGGCUCGACGGAGAGUUCAACAAGGUUUUGAGGUUUUAUAAGCAGAAAGUGGAGAGUGUGAUGGAGGAAGCUGAUGAGCUUAGUAGACAACUGAACGUUUUGAUAGCUCUUAGAGUUAAAGUUGAGAAUCCAAACCUAGUUUUUCCUCACAUGAGUCCUAUCUCUAGUACUGUCUCUAGUGCUCAAUCUUCUCCACAUUCAACCCCUAGGGCUCCAGCCACUUCACCAAUGGAAGUGAUCAAAGAAGUUGAACAGAAAGAAGACAAGAAAGUCUACAAACCUGCUCCAGUAGAAAUGUUGGAUCAUAUAAAGAUAAAGAUCGAAUCCGAAACUCCAUUGCAAACUCUUAGAGGCAUGAUCAUGGGUCUCACAAGUGACCAAACCUUCACCAAAGUUGAGCUUAAGAGAGCUGAGGAGCUUAUGAGCCGCGCUUUUGUUGAGUUCUACCAGAAACUUAGAUUCCUAAAGAGUUACAGCUUCUUGAAUCAGUUGGCAUUUUCAAAGAUACUAAAGAAGUAUGACAAGACUACUUCGAGGAAUACAUCAAAGCCUUAUCUAAACACAGUGGAUCAUUCUUAUUUAGGAAGCUGUGAUGAGGUCUCGAGGCUCAUGUCAAGAGUGGAAGCUACGUUUAUUAAGCAUUUCUCCAAUGGAAAUCACCGAGACGGGAUGAAAUCUUUAAGGCCUAAAAUUAAGAGGGAGAAACACAGAGUCACAUACUGCCUCGGCUUCUUGUCUGGUUGCGCUGCGGCUCUUGCAAUUUCAAUAGCGGUUGUUGUACAUAUAAGAGGCAUAGCAAAAAGCGAAGGUCGACAUCAGUACAUGGAGAACAUCUUCCCUCUUUAUAGCUUGUUGGGGUUCGUUGCGGUUCAUCUGUUUAUGUUUGCUGGAGACAUAUACUUCUGGAGUAGAUAUCGAGUGAACUACCCGUUUAUCUUUGGUUUUGAGCAUGGGACUGAUCUUGGUUACAGAGAGGUUCUUCUGGUUGGCGCUGGUCUAGCAGUUCUAACGUUCGGAGGAGUACUCUCUAAUCUCGACAUGGAAAUGGAUCCAAGAACCAAGAGUUUUAGUGUCAUUACAGAGCUGGUUCCUUUAGCUCUUCUCUUCUGCUUGUUGACGGUGUCAUUCUGUCCAUUCGAUAUAAUAUAUCGGGCAAGCCGAUACUUCUUCAUAGGAUGCGUCGUCCGUUGUGUUCUAAGCCCGCUCUACCAGGUUAUUCUCCCGGACUUCUUUCUCGCAGAUCAAUUAACAUCCCAGGUGCAAGCAUUCAGAAGCCUAUUGUUUUACGUUUGUUAUUAUGGAUGGGCUGGAGAUUUCAAGAAACGGACACAUGAAUGCUAUGAGAGUGACAUUUAUAAAAAACUCUACCUUAUUGUUGCAAUCGUUCCUUACUGGUUCCGCUUUGCUCAGUGUAUAAGGAGGUUGGUAGAGGAGAAAGACAAAAAUCAAGGCCUAAACGCCCUAAAAUAUCUCUCGACUAUAGUGGCGGUUGCGGCUAGGACAGUCUUCGAGAUGCAUAAAGGGAAGUACUGGCUUACUGUGGCUGUAGCCACGUCGACCAUUGCCACAUUGUUCAAUACUUAUUGGGACAUUUUCAUGGAUUGGGGUCUCAUGAACCGCAACUCCAAAAACCCUUGGCUUCGUGACAAACUCUUAAUCCCUCACAAAAGCACAUACUUCAUUGUCAUGGUGGUGAAUGUGGUGCUGAGGCUGGCUUGGAUGCAGACGGUUCUUGGGAUUAGAGAAGCUCCAUUUUUGCAUAAAAGAGCUUUGGUUGCUGUUGUUGCCAUCUUAGAGAUUGUUCGUCGUGGCAUUUGGAACUUUUUCAGGUUGGAGAAUGAGCAUUUGAACAAUGUGGGGAAAUACAGAGCCUUCAAGUCUGUACCUUUGCCUUUUCAAGAAGUUGGAGGAAACAAGAGCAUGUAA